CCGCCGGUGAUCGGGCCGACGUGACUUCUCUUCAACCACCUCAACUCUUCACAACACAUCACAAUAGUCUACUGGUACCCUGGUCAGGACGAUUAUGGCGAUGGAAACGACGUUCUGGGAGCCGACACGGUUUGGACAUCAAUGCUAUGCGUGCCGCUGUAAAAUGCUGUAUGGAAUGCAGAAAUAGCUACCCGUGGAAAGGAUAUUUUAUUACCCUUUUCGGUGCUUGCCUCUCAACACCGUCGCCCUGUAAUACUGCCCACCUACCUGCUAUUCUACCCUCCUCCUAAGAAGCAUGACUCGCUCGUCUAGUCUGGAGACUCGGGUUGAUAUCGCUAAGGUUGCCGCGACCGCCGGGGAAAUGGCACCAUUUCUGUACAUCAAAGGUCUUUGUGGGUGUGUUGUACUCAUACUGGAAACUAUCCAGAAAGCCGAUAAGAAUGAUAAAGAUCUACGAGUUUUAGCAGAGAGUAUAGGGAAGACUAUAGAGACGGUUCAGAAUACCGUUAAGGAACACGGCGAAAGUAGCGCUCUUCGUUUCCAUGAUGUUUGUGCAGAGCUUCAAGUAUACUUGACGAACUUGCUUGUCGAUUUGAGCAGCACUCGGCACAAGUCCUGUGGGUUCAAGCGUUUCUUGAAGACAAAUAAAGUAUCCGACACUGUCAGUGGUUAUCAGGAACGCGUGCGCGCGAUCAGGGAAGACUUUCUGAUUCGAACAGCCAUCGACUCGCGUAUCGUUAUUUCAGAUAUCAAAGAUGGAUUAAAGGCCAGUACAGAUGCUCUUACUAGUGUCAUCGAGAUGUCGCAAAGGCAUACCAUGUCUGAUAUCGACAAGCACGCAGACAGUAUAUACGGAGAGAUACACACAUGGGGUGUUUUACAAAGCAAGAAAACCGACAAGCUUAGUGCUGACGUCCAGAUGUUGAAGGAACGGGGCUCGUAUAAAGGAUUUAUUCGAGAUGUCCUUCCAGGGGACAUCUAUUUGAGAGAUCUCCUUAUUCCUUCAGGCUGGCACCCAUACCUAUCCAACAAGAUGGUUGCGUUUUCUGAUUAUAGCGCUGACGUUGAUAACAGUAACGUGCCUAAAAUUGUCCGUGUAUAUACAUGCACACACAACAACGAACAAGAUGUCAUGAGACAAUUCCAUAUAGACUUGGAUAGGCUGAUAAAACUUAAACACCAAAAUAUUGCCCAGGUCUUUGGUGUAUGCAGGUCUCCGGACUUUACUGCGAUUAUAUUUCACGGUACCACACGAAAGUCGAUGCGCAACUACGUUGCAUCCUUGACUGCGACUCAGUCGUUGUACUUCCAUUUUCAAUUGUUCAAUGACCUGGAGUCGACCUCAGCUUACCUCAGUAAGUUUUACCGCAGUGGUACAUCUCCCGUGGGCUGGACCAACGAUGUGGUUGAUACUGACCCUCGCGAUAUGUAUAUCAAUGAAAGAGGCCGAAUCGUGUUGACAGAGCUCUCGUAUUCCUAUUUUCUUAAUGCCUUUAGUGUGAAUAUAGCUCAACACCUCGAAGCGCAGUCUGCAGUGACAUUGCGCCCACGCCAGAUAACUCCAGACGCAUCACACACUAAUUCGAUCAGAGAUUGGAACUCGCUGAUGCGCCGUACAAGUUUGGAUAAAAGCUAUCUCAUAGAGAUUUACGAUGCUUUUUAUCAUCUCAUAGGCGUUGAGUAUACGUUUUCACACCCGCCUGGAAUUCGAUAUCCCUGCAGCCGAGGACUUGUACUACAGGCAGAGUCCGAAAUGAUCUUUCCCUGUAUGGCGGUCGGCAAGAUACUAGUUGAGCCGACUGAAUGGGCAGUAGCAUGGAAUGGUCAUUCAAUGCCCUUCUCUACGUGCAGUGGAUCAUUUACCAUUCAUAACUUGUCUGUCAACCAAAAGCAUUCUCUUCACAUAACCCCCCGGGACUUCCGGACCCCCGAAUAUUAUACGAAAACACAGCAGAUGAUGUCCUCAUGGCUUGCACAAGCUUCGCGACUGUCAUUGUCCUUUUCUCAGAACAUAAGGGGCAUUGAUUGUAGGAUGCAUGACAUAAAAUGCGUCGAAGUGUGUCUAGCUGUGUACUUUGACCUUCAGAUAACGCCAUGUUACGAUCCCUUCCAGUUACAGGACACGUUUAUGGCAGACAGCGAAUAUACAUUUGCUCUCUCGUUAACAAUCUGUGAACCCCGUCUUGAUUCACAAUCCAACGUAAUCUCCUGGCCUGUCAUUCAUUGGUUUUGUCACUCGAGUGUAUCUAAUGAGAUAUCGGUCGAGGAGGUGGAAGCUCUUUUCGGAAUUCAAGUCAGCUUCGGGGCUAAUCCACGUAUGUACUCCAUACCGGAAAAGGUAUUUUCGACAAUCGUUGAAAUAAACACCAUGUGCGGAUUCGAUCCCGCCCUCGAGGGUGCAGAUGUAUGUGAAUAUUUUGAUCUUCCUCGUCUGGAGAUCUUCGAGGAUUCAAAUAUUGAACACUUUCCUGGCUACGAGAUUGACGAAACUGAAUUGCCAGUUACCGUUCGUGAUCGCAAGGAUGCUGUGGACGUUACCCCAGUUACUCAUAUACGAGCGGAGAAAGAGCCGUCGGCCUCUCGCAUGAGUCAGAAUCGGCUCAUUCUAGUACUCAUUGCACUUAUUAUUGUUACUCUGUCCUUGGUCAUGCAUCUGUUUAUGAAAGUAUAGAGGAAACAUGUUAUAUACCACAACAGCAGCCAGACGCGACUAUAUCAGUGAGGCCCGACAUUUGUCUGGUACCGUAGCGUAGUGGAUGGUGUACUAGGUAGGUAAUGCACACGUAGUGCGGGCUAUGGUCAGUUUCCUUCUCACCGCACCUCACUUUUAACGAUAAGCGCUGCCAGUGAAUAGCAUGGCUCGAACUCAGAAG